CUGUGCAGAGCCGUGCACGACAUGCGCGCACCCGAGCCGUGUGGGAACACUUCAAAAUCUGUGGACUUAAAUUUACGAAGGAAACACUUGCAAAAGGGCGUAUGCUUGGGGCGAGUGGACUCUGAUCAGGGUGCAGAUAUGGCUUAAAAGAUCAGUGGAAUGACAACAUCCAACCCAAGCACAUUAGAAUGUUCCUGAAGAAUGUUCUGCCUGCAUUUGCAAUGCAUACAGAAUGGAGAUCCUACGGUCCUGCUAGCAGCUUUAGCAUGCCCUCGUGCUUUGAUGACUCUAGCAGUGUCACAUCUACCACUAGCAGUCUGAUCCCUGGGAAAGUCCAGAUGAUUAUUGACAGCCUAAGAAGCACCCAGUCCUCUCUCAACAUGAAUGAGGAGAAUGGUGGAACUCUCCAGACAGGUGAACCCCGGGCCCCUGGUUACAAUGGAAAGACAAGCCAUGUUGUACAGAAGGCAAGACAGAGGGGGGCAAUGAGCGUUGGCAGAACACAGAAACAAAAUACAGAGGCCUUAAAGUUGGAAUCCCAGAGCCAGGAUUCUGAUAGCGAUGACUCUGUGGACAGAGGAAUUGAGGAAGCAAUUCAAGAGUAUCUGAAGGAAAAGGGUGACCCCAAACAGAGCAUGAAGUUAAACACAAAUCCACUGCAGAUGUCCAAGCAGCUGAAAAGAAACUUUUCCUCAUCAGAAACACAGAAAUAUUUAGAUAGGAGUAAAAUCCUAACUGCCAGUAACUAUGCUCCAAAAAAUCUGAAAGCAAGCUACUCAAUGGCUAUGGAAAGAAUCCCUUUCCACAAGGAAAAGCAUGAUGGGAAUAGUCUGUCUAUUAACAUAACCGAUGUCAACAAGGCUCAAGUCAUCAAAAAUGCAGCUGAUGUGAUUUCCCUGUCCAAAACAGUUCAGCCUCCUUCAGUAGUGAAAGAGGAAAAGACACCAGAAUCUAGCAGUGAUGAUGGCAUCGAAGAGGCUAUUUGGCACUACCAGCUGGAGAAGAAAAAGAAACACGAAGGCUCCCGAACAACAUCCAAAGUCUUUCAAGCCAAAGAAGAGUCUGAUUCCAGUAGCGAUGAUGGCAUUGAAGAAGCCAUUCGGCACUACCAGCUGGAAAAGCAAAAGGAAAAGCAUGAACAUACCACAAAAGCCUUUAAACCUUCUCAUCCUAAGCCUACCCAAGUAGGUAAAACUGCUGCACUGAGUUCAGAAAAACCUAGUAAUCAAGCUUUCAAAAAACAGAAAAUGUCAUCCAAAAGAAAGAUUUCUGAGAAGCUGCCUAAAAGUACAAUUCCAUCAGCUGUGGUUCCGGAUCAAGUGAACACACCAUUUGACAACAAGGUGGCUUUAUUUAAGAAUAACCCAAUUUUGCCUCUUGAAACUCCACUUCCACUGAAGGUAAACACAACAGCUGAACUUAUGUGUGCCGAGGCUAUACUGGACAUUUCUAAAGCUGUUAUGCCUAGGUCCUUUGAAGAGACUUCAUCUCCUUCAAACCCUUGUAUUGAGUCUCCAUCUUUACCCACUGAGGACUGCCCUAACUGGUCUGAUAACAAAAGUAAUGAUAGCUCUGUUGACAGCGAUGAUGGCAUUGAGCAGGAAAUAAGGAAGUUCCUAGAAUCAAAGGCACAAAUGCAUAAGCAGCAGCUUGUUGACACAAAAUAUGAGAGGAAUCAAGAUGACAUCUGGCAGAAGAACGCUGACUCGCCACAGAGCAAAAAGCUAAAGCCUACUUUAUCCCGUAAAAGAAAACGCAAGGAGGACAACUUUAAAGCUGGCAAAGGAGAGGGUCCAGAACAAGAGAUUAAAGAACCAGUCUCUCAGACACGGUGUGAUGGAAUCAUUGGUGUUCAAGCUUCUGGAAGUAUUAUAGACGCUUCUGUUGUAAUUGAUGUGACAACAAAAAGUGCAGAAACUAUGAAAGAUCCUGACCAGAAGUGCUAUCCUGAGAAUCCAAAUAAUGCUAAGGGUUCAGCACUUAAUGAAGGAGAUUCGCCUUUAGCAACUGUAAAAAAUGAAGUAUCGGGAUCACCAAUAUUGGCAGAUAGAUUGGGAGAGAGUGGAGACAAGAGCAGCUCAUUAGAUAGUGAUGAAGAUUUAGAUGCUGCAAUUAAAGAUCUGCUAAAGACCAAAAGAAGACUGAGAAAGAAGACAAAGGACAAGAAGGUAAAGUCAAGGAAAAAGUUUCAUUCUGGUAUUAUGGAAUUAUCCCAUGAGGAGUCUGAGAAAAAGAAAAUUCUUCUUGAAAGUAAAAUCGGUACCAUCCCCAAGAACUGUGAUGAAACAUCUAAACAUACUGUAGGUACCAAACGCAAAUUGAGCAAUAUGAGCUCGAAACUCACAAAUAAGAAGGUGAAACCCUGCAUUAAUUUAGAUAAAAGUGGUGAUGCACAAGAACUAGCUGGUGUGGAGACAUUUACAGGUUGUGCAUCUCAAAUAGUGGAAGACAGUAGUUCUGUAGACAGCGAUGACAGCAUUGAGCAAGAGAUCAGGAAGUUCUUGGCGGAGAAGGCGAAGGUGUCCACAAUGAGCAUAAGUACCGAGGAGUUCAGAAAGAAGAGUAUCAGCACUACCGAUUUCCCGCUGGAAAGGAGUAUGUCGUUGGAAGCUCAGCAGGCUGAGAUUUCUCCUACGUUAAAGGCUCCGUAUUUUGAACUCUCUGAGAGAUCUGGAUCUGAACAGGACAGAAGUCAAGAUGGACAGAUGCUACAAAGUACAUCUCCUGAUUUUUAUUAUUCUCAAUCCAGUAAAAGUGAUCAGGCAGCAAGUAGGGAAAUGGAUGCUCUGAAAAUGCAAAAGAGAAGCAUAAUGACUUUGGAGGACAGUAGGACUCAGAGUAGUAGGCCAGAGAUGGAAAGGUGCAAAUCAGAACAGAAUUUCACCUCUAACUGUAUUACAGAAGCCGGACCGAUAAAUCAGGUAAUGCCCUCUGCAGAAACGACGGCUUUUCAGUCACAGAGUCAGAACCUGUUCUGCUAUAGCGAACUCAGCCCACAUAGCGAUAGGAGUGUCAAUAUGACCAGUGCAACCAAUUUGCAAAAUGCAGUCAUCAAGCAUCAAGAUAAAGGUAGCGAGUCUGCAAAGGAAGUGUGUAACACGUGCCCAUUAACAUGUGACACUGAGAACAUGUGCAAGAAUACAUUAAUGAACCCUUUCAAGCGUUCCCCUGAAACCGCUUCACCUGCCAGCCUUCCAUAUUCCUCCUGUUUGCCUGACAGGCUAUUCAAGCAGGACACUGUUUCAGACCAGGGCCAUCCGGAAGGCACCUCUCUGUUGGAGAACAUGGUGCAAGUCAAGAAAGACCCUGUGACGUUCUCCAAAGAAGAACCCCAUGAGUUCUUCUGUGUUCAGGUCAGGAAUAGGGAUCUCAUUGGGGCAGAAGAUGGGAGGAAUUGCUAUGGAGAAACUGUAGAUGGGAAACAAGUGGAAGGAGAGCAGGUGAGAGAGGAAAGGAAGGACUGUGUGGAGAACAGUUUUGAAUCAUGUGAGGAGAGAAUAAGUGCUGAUCAGAGGUCAGAUCAGAGUCAGAAUCAGCAUCCUGGAUUGUGAGUGCAUUUUGUAACAUAUUAUUUUGGGUUUUUCUGUUACGGUAAACCUUUGGAAUGCCUUCCUUUUGAGAUGUUCAUUUAUUCCAGCACUUUCAUACUUAUAUUGCAAGAAAUAUUAGAAAAUAAGUGUCGUACAGGUUUUUUUGUACAUUUUUACAUUUCAAGGGUUAUUUAAACAUGUUCACACAUAUUAAGGUGAUAUUGUAAAUAUUCAGGGUUUUUUUUAGUAUUCAGAACUCAAAAAGACCCCAUUAGUCAGUAACCCCUCUCAUUCUAUUCAUGCUUUUUUUUCUUUCCAAAAACAGAUGGCACAUUGACUAUACAUACUGUCCCAUGUCUAUGUGUAAAAUGGGCUUAUGUGUAAUGUACUAGAGGGCUACUUCCAUACUAGAUUUCAGUACAAUCCAUUCCACUGUAAUUGAUAAUUGCUAAUACCCAUUUGUUCUGUCCAUGCCCCAAAUGAAAAAAAUACAGAGAAAUUUCAUUAAACGGUGAAAUGCAGCAAUCUGAAACUAUGAAAACUUGUGUACUCGUGGCUCACCAGGAGUUUGAGACACUCUCACUCCACAGUAUCGCAGACCAAAUAACAGUUGAUAUUUUCAGUGUACAAACUGUGAGAGCUUUUGUGCAAAACUAUGUUCUAUGUAGUACAAUAAUUUAUAAUCCACACAGGUUUUUGCUGUAUAGUUACCAAUGUAUGUAUUGCCAAAGUAGUAUAGCAUACUAACUAUAGUGUUGUCAAAGCAGAUACAAACAUUUUUUGUCAUGCUGAACCUUGUAAAGGGUGGAAUCUAGAUUGGAUGCCACUGUCACUCUAAUAUAAAUAAGAUUUUGAUACUGAUUCACUGUCUAGUUUUUGUUUAAACAAGCAUAUUCUCAUGAGACAGGUUUCUUUUUAUACAUCUUGUGUUAUGUAUAACAAUCAUGCUUUGGUUGGUAGUCCGGUAUAUGUUUGUAAAAAGCUUACAUGUGUUUUUUGCAUAUGUUAUAAUUGUAUGCUUGAACUUAUCAAAGGACCAAUAAUGUACAUUUAUGUUAUACUUGGCUGGUGAAAUGAAGGUUUCCUUAUGUACAAUAUAUAACAGAGGGGAAAAAAUAGCCACAGUACAAACUAAGAUUUAAUAAUGAAAAGGGUGCUACAAAAAUGGAACUGGUACCUAGAAAUUGUAGUUGAAUAUUGGUCUGAUUAAAUAGAAUGAUUGCCAUCCCGAUACAAAUUCUGAAACAAUAUUACAAUUUCUUGUGCUGUUAUCACAUUUCUUACCUACUUAUGCUUUUAAAAAGAAUUCUACUUGCAGUGACUUCAA